AUGUUCUCCAGUCGCGCAACAUCGGCUGCUCGGAUCGCCGGGCGCUCUGCCUUGCGCAAUUACGCUACUGUAUCUCCAGUCACCUCCGCCCGCAGCCACAAGGUUGUCGUCAUUGGCGGCGGCUCUGCAGGCCAAACUGUGAGCCACCAGCUGCUGCGAUCUGGCAAGUUCGCGCAGGAUGACAUUGCCAUCGUCGACCCGGCUGCCUGGCACCACUUCCAGCCUGGGUGGACGCUGGUUGGCGGCGGUCUGAAGACCAAGGAAGAACUGCGCAGGCCCAUGGAAAGCUUGAUUGACCCCAAGCUCAAAUUCUACAGCCAGAGCGUCGGCUCCUUCGCCCCGGAGGAGAACACCGUCACGCUGAGCAAUGGUGAUAAGGUCAACUACGAGCAUCUUGUCGUUGUUCCUGGCAUCCAUGUCAAUUUCAACAGCAUCAAGGGCUUGCCCGAGGCCCUCGCCAAUCCGGACUCUCUCGUCUCCUCCAUCUACGGCUACGACCAAUGUGACAAGGUCUUUGGCACCAUUCAGAAGCUGAAGAAGGGUGACGCCAUCUUCACCCAGCCCACCGGCGUUCUCAAGUGCGCCGGCGCCCCGCAGAAGAUCAUGUGGCUCGGCCUGGACCACUGGAAGAAGGCAGGCUUGUACAACCCCACCAACCCCUCCGGCUCCGCCAUCCAGAUUAGCUUCGCCACCGGCCUCCCCGUCAUGUUUGGCGUGCCCAAGUACAGCGCCAAGCUGGAGGAGCUGCGCAAGGAGCGGGGCGUCGAGGGCCUGUUCCAGCACGAUCUCGUUGCCAUCGACGGCAACACGGCCACCUUUGCCCGCCCCGACGGCCAGGCCGAGGUCAAGAAGCACUUCGACCUCAUGCACGUCGUGCCCAAGAUGGGCCCGCACGCCUUCGUCAAGGAGAGCGCCCUGGCCGACGGCGCCGGCUUCGUCGACGUCGACAACGCCACCACCCGCCACAAGAAGUUCUCCAACGUCUGGUCCGUCGGCGACGCUUCCAGCCUGCCCACCUCCAAGACGAUGGCGGCCAUCACUUCCCAGGCCCCGGUCCUGGUCCGCAACCUGCUCCAAUCCCUGGAGGGCAAGGAGCUGGUCGCCGAGUAUGACGGCUACACCUCGUGCCCGCUCUUGACUGAGUAUGGCAAGGUGCUCCUCGCCGAGUUCAAGUACGGCGGUGUGCCCAAGGAGACGUUCGCCACUUUCGGUAUCGAUCAGGUUGAGCCUCGCCGUGCCUUCUAUCACCUGAAGAAGGACUUCUUCCCUUGGGUCUACUACAAGUCCAUGGUUAAGGGCACCUGGGGCGGUCCUAAGGGUUGGUUGAAAUGA